AUGGUGAAGGUUGGUGCGAAUGGAUUUGGCUGUUUUGGGCGCCUGGUUACCAGAGCUGACUUCUCUGCAUCUGGCAAAGUGGAGAUUGUUGCCAUCAAUGACCCCUUCAUUGACCUCAACUACAUGGUCUACAUGUUUCAGUAUGACUCUACCCAUGGCAAGUUCAAUGGCACAGUCAAGGCUGAGAAUGGGAAGCUGGUCAUCAACGGGAAGCCCAUCACCACCUUCCAGGAGUGAGAUCCCACUAACAUCAAAUGGGGUG